AUGCCAAGAGCACCUAAAUCAAGCAAGAAGAAGGACCCUAACGCACCGAAGAGAAACAUGUCGGCGUUCAUGUUCUUUUCGAUCGCGAACAGAGAGAAAGUAAAAACCGAAAACCCUGAUGCUUCCUUUGGAGCCAUUGGCUCUCUUUUAGGAAAGAAGUGGAAAGAACUGACAGGAGACAAGCGUGUGCCCUAUGAAGAGAGAGCACGCGAAGACAAAGAACGCUAUGAACGGGAACGCAGUGAUUAUGACAAUAAAAUUAUCAACGACGCCAAGAAGAAUGCUAAAAAGGAAGAGAGUGAAGAGAAAAAGGAAUGA